AUGCGCGUUUUCGUCACGGGCGCGACCGGCUUCGUCGGUACGGCCGUCGUCAAUGAGCUGCUCUCCGCAGGACACAAAGUCCUCGGCCUAAGUCGUAGCGACAAGGGAGUUGAGCAGCUGAAGAGCCAAGGCGCCGAGGCCCUGUACGGCACCAUCGAAGACUUGGAAAUCCUCAACAAGGGAGCCUCUGAAUGUGAUGCCGUUAUCCACCUAGCCUUUGUCCACAACUUUGCCGACUUCAUCGGCUCAUGCGCCACAGACAGGGCCGCUAUUACUGCUCUAGGCUCCGCCCUAGCUGCCGCGGGCGGCGGCCGCGCCCUGGUAAUUACAUCGGGUACCAUGAUGCUGGCCCCCGGAAAGCUUGGGGAUGAGGACGAUAAAGUCGAUACGACCAACCCCAUGGCUGCAGCGCGUGGCGCCUCAGAGACGGUGUGCCUCGACUUCGCUAAGCAGGGAGUGCGCGCCAGCGUUGUACGCCUACCGCCGUCCACUCACGGCCCUGGACUUUCGGGCUUUGCGGGACAGUUGGUUGCCAUGGCGCAGCAGAAGGGUGUCUCUGUGUACAUCGGCGACGGCCAGAACCACUGGUCCGCAGGUCAUCGCGACGACGCGGCCAAGAUUUACCGGUUGGCAGUGGAGAAGGCUAGGCCCGGGUCUGUCUUCCAUGCGGUGGCCGAGGAGGGUGUACCGCUGAAGGAUCUCGCGAUCGAGAUUGGGAAGCAGCUGGAUAUCCCCGUUGUCAGCCUCCCGCCCGAGAAAGCAGAGGACCAUUUCGGCCGACUUCAAUUCCCUCUGAGGGCCGACAACCUAGCGUCGAGCGCAAAGACGAGAGAGCGGUUGGGAUGGACUCCAACAGGCCCAACAUUGAUAGGAGAUGUCCCGGUCAUUAUCGAUUUUCUGAAAUCUCGGGCAGCUUAA